UGUUUUUCCUUUUAACAUUUUAGUCCUAUUAAUCUAAACGCCAAGGUUAGGUGAGCUUCGAGAACAAACUACCACACGCCUCUUUUCUCUUGUCUUGCAUCUACCUCUUCAUUCAGAAAAAACCCUAAUUUUGCGCCCUCAGGCCUCGUCACUAUGGAUAUUGAGGAGGAUAUCCGCUCGUUACAGCUUGACUCGGCAGCAGAAGAGAAUAAUGGGGUGGCCAGUCCAGAGGAAGCAAAGCCUGAAGUAGUUGCGAAGGAGGAUAAGGAGGAAGAUCCAAAGGAGGAGGUGCACACAGUUUCUCAGCUAGUUAAUCCUGGGCGAAAAGUGAAAGAGAUGGAAUUAUCUGCACCGCAGGAUGUUGAGCCAGAGGAAGUGGAAGGAACUAAGAAGCGACACUUGAAUGUUGUAUUUAUUGGUCACGUUGAUGCUGGUAAGUCAACAACUGGAGGUCAGAUACUCUUCCUUAGUGGUCAGGUUGAUGACCGUACAAUCCAAAAAUAUGAGAAAGAAGCAAAGGACAAAAGUAGGGAAAGCUGGUAUAUGGCAUACAUUAUGGACACUAAUGAAGAGGAAAGAGUCAAGGGUAAAACAGUAGAAGUUGGAAGAGCACACUUUGAAACGGAUACAACUAGGUUUACAAUUUUGGAUGCACCGGGUCACAAGAGCUAUGUUCCAAAUAUGAUUAGUGGGGCGUCUCAAGCAGAUGUUGGUGUACUGGUGAUAUCGGCUCGAAAAGGGGAAUUUGAAACUGGAUAUGAGAAAGGUGGACAGACCCGAGAACAUGUUAUGCUGGCAAAAACUUUGGGCGUCUCUAAGCUGCUUAUUGUUGUGAACAAAAUGGAUGAUCCUACUGUGAACUGGUCAAAAGAGAGGUUUGAUGAAAUUGAAUCAAAGAUGAUCCCGUUCUUAAAGUCCUCAGGCUACAAUGUGAAGAAAGAUAUCCAGUUUCUCCCCAUUUCUGGUUUGAUUGGCUCAAACAUGAAAACAAGAGUGGACAAAAGCAUUUGCCUGUGGUGGAAUGGUCCUUGUCUCUUUGAAGCCCUUGAUUGCAUUGAGGUUCCUUCACGAGAUCCUAAAGGUCCAUUUAGGUUGCCUAUAAUUGACAAAUUCAAAGAUAUGGGAACUGUUGUGAUGGGAAAGGUUGAAUCUGGUAGUGUGUGUGAGGGUGAUUCCUUGUUGGUCAUGCCAAAUAAGGCUCAAGUAAAAGUUAUUGCUGUAUACUGUGAUGAAGAUAAGGUUAGGCGUGCAGGACCUGGUGAAAAUCUACGGGUGAGAUUGGCUGGGAUUGAAGAAGAGGAUAUAUUGUCAGGUUUUGUUUUGUCAAGUGUUGCCAAACCGAUAGCCGCUGUCACUGAAUUUGUUGCCCAGUUACAGAUCCUUGAGCUUCUGGACAAUGCAAUUUUUACUGCUGGCUAUAAGGCUGUCUUGCACAUUCAUUCUGUUGUUGAGGAAUGUGAGAUUGUUCAGCUACUACAGCAAAUUGAUCCAAAAACAAAGAAACCCAUGAAAAAGAAAGUUCUCUUUGUGAAGAAUGGUGCUGUUGUUGUAUGCUGCAUUCAGGUGAAUAACUUGAUAUGCAUUGAGAAAUUCUCAGAUUUUCCACAGCUUGGAAGGUUCACUCUUCGUACUGAAGGAAAAACAGUUGCAGUGGGGAAAGUGACUGAUCUUUGUGCAAGCGCUUAACCAAUUUUGUUAUUAGAGUGGUUGAGCCAUUUUUGCGAGCAAAGUUAUGGAUUACAUAUGUUGCCUAAUUUCCUUCUCAUAGUAAUUGGAGAAUUUACUGUGGCAGGCAAGCUGAAUCAGCAGAACAACUUUCUGUGCUUCUGAUUGAUUGCAGCUGAAGGAGUUGAAAUGAUAACAUUAGUAGCAUUCGAAAGAUAAAUUGUUUGGAUUCAGGUGUUGCAUUGGAGAGGUGUCGGGUAUGAUAGUUGUGUCUUUGAAAUGGGCGCUUUUCACAGCACAUAAUUGAUAGUUUUGUUGUUGAAUGGGUGUAAAUUAUGUAUUGCACCCAUUGCAAUUUUAACAACUUGAUUAUAGUUAUUAUAAUUGAUGAGUUUGUUUGAUUAAAGUUAGAGCUUAAAUUAUAUCCUGGAAUGGGCGUUGUGGUUGCAACAAAUUCAUUCCCAUGUAGCAUUAACUAUGAGCAUCUUAUGCUGUGGUAAAAUCACUUAUUUCUGUUGACA